GGAAGAACUCGCAACGACGGCGGAGAAAGCUUCAAGAUAAGGAAAUAUGAAACAGCUUUACGAUACAACGAAGAAACUAUCAGGGAAAGGAAGACCAAUCACUGAGAUUCAACAACAGCGGAACAGAUGGGCAGAGUACUUCGAGGAACUCCUGAAUAGGCCGGCUCCAUGGAAUUCACAAGGAAUCGAAGCAGCACACAUAGGUCUUCCUAUAGAUGUCAAUCCACCGACGACGGAAGAAAUCAGAAUGGCCAUCAGACAAAUCAAGAGCGGGAAAGCAGCAGGACCCGACAAUAUACCAGCUGAAGCACUGAAGUCAGACAUCGAAGUAACUACAAACAUGCUUCACCUUCUAUUCAAGAAGACCUGGGAGGAGAAACAAGUGCCGAUGGACUGGAAAGAAGGACACCUAAUCAAUAUUCCAAAAAAGGAGAUCUGAGCAAGUGGAAACUACAGAGGCAUUACACUACUGUCAAUACCAGGAAAAGUCUUUAACAGUGUUGCUGAACCGGAUGAAAGACUCAGUAGACGCUGGAUCCCAAAUUGCGACACUACGGAUCAUCGUUGAACAAUCAGUUGAGUGGAACUCGUCACUGUACAGCAACUUCAUUGAUUAAGAAAACGCACUUGACAGUGUAGAUAGGAGAGCGUUAUGGGAGCUUCUUCGACACUACGGAGUUCCUGAGAAGAUUGUCAAUAUUAUCCGGAACUCAUACGAUGGACUACAGUGCAAAGUAGUGCAUGGAGGACAGCUGACAGAUGAAUUCCAAGGAAGGAACGGA